AUGAUCCUGGUCGCUUUACCAGUCAUUUUUGCCGUGAUCACCCUAGUUUUUGGUGUUAUCGAUGUACUCGUAGACUACGUCCGUAUCUUGCGGCUCCGACAACGAAUGGCACCGGGGCCUUUGCCGCUUCCUCUCUUCGGCAACAUAUUCCACAUCCCGAGCAGCAGGCAGUGGAAGAAAUUUGAGGAAUGGUCGCUGAAACACCAAUCUUCCAUCAUCACAAUCUGGGAUGGACAUACCCCGGUCGUCAUUUGUAAUGAUGCUUGGUCGAUGUCUGACCUCUGCGAUAAGCGGGCCAACGUCUUCUCAUCCAGACCUGUGAAGACCCUCACUGGGAAGAUCUUCGGUCUCAACAAGUUCAACCAGGCGGGCCUUGCAUAUGGCGAACAGUGGCGUGUACACCGCCGUCUGACUCACUCUGCUGCCAACGCUCAAGUGGUCCAGGCAUACCGACCUUCCCAAGCCAACGAAGCGAAGUUGUUGAUCGAAGACUGCCUUACUAAACCUGAUCGAUUCGUUGACAGCGCUUUGCGCUUUACCGUAUCGAUUGUAUCCGUCAUUGCCUGGGGCAGACGCAUCGGUACUGAAUCAGACACAGUCUUGAAGGUAGCCCAGGCAUAUGUCGGCAGUGCCAACCUCGGGUUCCCAGGCAAGACUUACACUGAGGCCAUACCAGCUCUCGCUGAUAUGCCGUCAUGGCUGAACCCGCUGCCGAACCAACUCAGAAAGCUGGCUCAGACGUCGAACAAGUAUUUCUACGCACUAUCAGACGAGGGAUCCAACGCAGCUCAAGACAAUUUUGCCAAGAGACUACUCAAAGAGAAGGAGGAACAUGGUCUUAGCAAAGUCGAAAUUUCCAACCUUACAGGCAACUUCAUCGGUGCCGGGGUGGACACCACUACUAGCACCAUGCUGACCUUCGUUCUGGCUAUGUGCCUGAAUCAGGAAGUUCAAAGCAAGGCGCAUGAGGAAAUCGAUCGCAUCAUCGGCCGUGACCGCUACCCUGAAUGGUCCGAUGAAGAUAGCCUCCCAUAUCUGGCGGCAGUCAUUAACGAAACGCUCAGGUGGAGGCCCGCAUUUGCUCUCGGCGGGCCUCCCCAUGCCCCAAUCGAGGAUGAUAUCUACAACGGCUUCUUCUUCCCAAGAGGGACGUCAAUCAUCGGAAACCUUUACGCCAUGCACCGAAACCCGCGUGAAUUUCCUGAGCCGCAUAGAUUCUGGCCUGAACGCUUUAUGGAAGGUUUCGAUGGGCCAGCUUAUCCUAACAAGCGUGGGCACAAUACCUUCGGGUGGGGACGUCGAGUCUGCAGUGGCGAAGCUUUGGCUCAACAAAGCUUGUACUUCACCAUCGUCUCUCUCCUCUGGGCCUUCGAGAUUCGUCCUGGUCUGGACGAAAAGGGUAACGAGGUUGCUCUGGAUCCAGACGCGUACACAGUGUCUCAAGUAAAUCGUCCACUGCCUUUCAAAGUACGCUUUCUACCUCGGUCUGGGACGAUCGCGGACUUGGUAAGAAGUGGUGCGCAAGAAGCGCGCACACAAUUGCAAGCGUAUGAUGCAGCUACCAACGUCACUUUCGAAAGUGCGCAGUCUGUUUCCCUCGACAUGCCUAUCGCACAGGCAAAGAAUGGUUCAGCCGUUUAG